UCAGAGCGCGAGGCGCUGGGGCGCUGGCGGCGGGUGCCCGAGCGCGGGCGGAGAGGUCGCGGCCUUCCUCGCCCUGCUUGUCCUUUGCUCCUUGGCGGACGUCGGGCCCCCGCCUCCCGGCUCGCCCGGGCUUCCUUCUUGCGUGGUGCCCGGAAGCCGCAGCGGUCCACGAUGAGCCUCCUGACACAGAAUGUGAGGGAGCUGAUGAAGGCGAUGACCCGUGUCCCCGGUUUUGAUAGAGUUUUGGAAAAGGUGACUCUGGUGUCUGCUGCCCCUGGGAAAGUGGUUUGUGAAAUGAAAGUAGAAGACGACCACACCAAUAAAUAUGGCACUCUCCAUGGUGGUCUGACGGCCACCUUAGUGGAUAAUAUAUCAACAAUGGCUCUGCUGUGCACUGAAUGGGGGGCACCAGGAGUCAGUGUAGAUAUGAACAUCACGUACAUGUCACCUGCUAAAAUAGGAGAAGACAUAGUAAUAACAGCGCAUGUUCUGAAGCAAGGGAGAACACUUGCAUUUACCUCUGUGGAUCUGACGAACAAGACCACGGGAAAAUUAGUAGCACAAGGCAGACACACAAAACACCUGGGAAACCAAGCCCAGCAGUUUGGCCGAGACACCCAACAAUAAAGACCAAGCGUAAAUUUGACUUGAACAAAUGUACUUUCAAAAUAAAUUAGCACAACCAGAAA